UUCGUGUAACUUGCAUCAUUCGGGAAAUUGUCAACAAUGUCGCACCACAAUCAAGGCCAGAUUCAGAGCCACCAAAGGCCAAUCCAACAGGACUGGGCCAACCGAGAGUACAUAGAGGUCAUCACUGGCAGCAUUAAGAAGAUAUCAGACUUUCUAAACUCAUUUGAUACCUCCUGCAGAUCUAGACUUGCAACCUUGAAUGAAAAACUGACCCAUUUGGAAAGAAGAGUGGAAUACAUUGAGGCCAGGGUCACAAAAGGAGAAACACUGACAUAAUGUGGCAAGGAGCAGGAUUUAUGUACAAAAGGGAAAGGAAUGAAUGUGUUUGGAGUGUGAACAAAAGGAGUGGAUCAAGAGUGGUGUAUACAAGCAACACAAAAGGGUUUCUCAAACUAAAUGACAUCCUCCUCAUAUAUAAGAGGAAUAUAUUCAUUUGAAUAUCUUGGCUUUAAUGAACUUGAUGUAAGCCAUAUAGUGUAUCUGACUGUUACAUGCAAUGCUAUACUGAGUAACUGAGGUAUUAAAUUUAAGAUUUAUUACACCUAUGUACAUUUUAUUUUGGAUUUAAAUUGAUAAGUUCUUAAGUGUCUCACUUUGAACCAUUUGGUUAAAAUAUAUCCAAGAGAAAUUAUGAAGUGUUAAUUAUUGCAAAAGAUAACCAAUGACUUGAAGAAUUACUCAAAGUAAGCAGUAUACAAACAUGUGAAAUUAUUGACUUCAUGUAGAUCAUAAUUGUAAAAAUGAUAACAAUGUGGAAUAUACAUAUACAUUCAGUCUAAUAAAUGCACGAGCAAGUUUA